UGCCCUUAAUAUCAACAACACUAACAGCGUGCACCGUUCGUUGGCUGUGGAUUCUGUGACGUGGGAUAUUUAUUUGUUUUGGCAGUAAUCGAUAGUGAAGCAAAAAUUGUAUGUGCCUCCACAUAUGUCAGAAAGACGUACUUUACUGUGACAUUUCUUGUUAAAUUAUGGCUGGCGCCUUAAAGUCGUAUGUUGAGAAAUAUCUGCUGAACCCAGCGGCUUCAUUCAACGUUGAUGAUGAAGACAAUCAUGAAACAAAAGCCCAAGUUGUGGAUGUCAUAGCAGACAGUGAACGAGCUGAUCCAAAUCAGCAAACUCUGAGUAAGCUAAGAGCAAGAAGUGCAGCUUCUCAACUCGAUAAAGAUCCUCGCUACAAAGGGAAAAAGGUAUUACGGGAAAACUUGAAGAAGGAUAAAGAGGAUGAUUAUGACCCUGAGCUUGCAAAAUACUUUCUUAUUGAUGAUAUGGAUGAUGAUGGAACUGAAGAGGACACUGCAGAUGAUGAAGAGGGAGUAGUUGAUGAAAAUUCCACAGAAGGUGAAGAAAGCAGUGAUGAUAGUGAAAAAGAGGAUGAAAUGAAAAAGCAAAUACACAAGCAGCUUCAGAAUGAACCAGAAGGUGUUACGUUUAUAGAUGACGGUGAUUUUAGUAAGUUUGCUGAUGAUUUUGAUGAGGGAGAUGAAAGUAAGGAUGAAGAUGAGGAUGAUGAUAAUGAAGACGAGGAGGAGAGUGAUGAUGACAAGGAUGACGAUGAUGAUGAUGAUGCAGAGAAAGAGAGUGAAGCACAAAAUAGACAAGAAGAUUCUCUCAAGAAGUUUAGCACUGAGAAUCAGUGUGAGGAAGUAAAGAAGAGUCUAGCUGUGAAGAACCAGCUGGCAUUGUAUGACUCUUUGUUUGAGGGAAGAAUACGUCUGCAAAAAGUGAUGGUUGGAACUAAUCAGCUACCGCAGUUUAACACACACAAGCUCUUUCUGCGGGAGAUUGAUCAACACUAUAAAAAGAACCUUGUUACUGCAAAGACAGCAGCCAAAAAAUUACUCGACACACUUUUACAUGUUCAGGAAAUGUUACUGAAACAAAACCCUGAUACUAAUCACAUUGUAACUGGCAAAAAGCCCAAAUCACUAGGAACUGAAAGUGAUGAGGAAAUAACCAGCAGUGAGGAUGAUAAUGUGGAGGAGGAGAUUGCACUCGACUCCCGAGGAACCAAACGCAAGAUGAAAAUGGAAGACUAUGAAGAGAUACUGGCAAAGAGGCAUGCAGCAAUGCUACCCUUCAGGGACCAGGUUAUAAAUAAAUGGUAUGAAAAAACAAAGUUGCUUUCGUAUCGCAGUACACGUGGUAAAUUCACUGGGUUUGAAGUUUCUGCUUUGCAACAGCUGAACAACAUUUUGGCAAAUAAGCAACAGCUGAUUCGUCGCACUCAGCUGACUGGGGCAACCAGAGGUGUGACCUAUCAUGUGUUGGGUAAAAGCAGUGACACAACCAAAGAGGUUGAUACAGAAGAAUAUGAUCCAGAAAUAUUUGACGACACCGACUUUUAUACAAGAGCUUUAGAGGAGGUGCUCAAGGCCAAGGUGUCACUUUCUGACAACAUGACAGAUGUUUCACGGAAAUGGAUUGAAAUCCAAAAUCUGAGAAGAAAAGCCAAACGAAUAGUUGACAGGAAAGCAAGCAAAGGAAGGAAGCUUAGAUAUGAGGUAAUGAGCAAGCUUCAGCAAUAUUUUGCUCCAUGUUGCCCGCCACGGAUGGAUGAUGCCGCUAUCAACACCCUUUUUGCAUCUCUUUUUGGAAAAUGUAUUCAGAGAGUACAAGAAAAAAGUUCUUAGUAAACAUAUAAAGGUGUUUCAUAACAUUAAACUGCAUUAUUGUAUAAAAAUUAAUUAUUAAUAAAUUUUUAUUGUUA